AUGCUGCAGUUCAAUGGUAGGAUACGUCUUGGACGUAAUAUACUACUGGUUGUGGCGGCGGUUGGUUUGAUGCUACUAUACUUAAUGAGUUUCCUAUACACCAAAGCGCGCCCUUGUGAUGCAGACAGACCCGGUUGUCGCCAGGUAUAUAUGUCACCGUCUUAUGCACGGUUAAAGGCUUUGGAUGAAAGCCAUACUAAAUUAGCUUCCAAGUACUCGUUAUAUCUAUAUAGAGAGCAGGGUCGAGAUACUUUCCCUACUGAUGAUAACUAUGAAAAUUACUUGAGUGGCAUUCCGAUUUUAUUUAUCCCAGGAAACGCUGGGAGCUUCAAACAAGCAAGGCUGAUAGCUGCCGAAACUGCUAACCAGUUUUAUGGUGACGAGCACUCAAACCCAUGGGCGAAGAACUUAGACUUCUUCACCGCCGAUUUUAAUGAAGACUUUACUGCCUUUCAUGGCCGGACUGUUGUUGACCAAGCAGAAUAUUUAAAUGAUGCCAUCAAGUUUAUACUAGGAUUGUAUGAGCAUAAACCUAUACCCCCUCAAUCGGUCAUUUUAUUGGGCCAUUCGAUGGGUGGAGUAGUUGCUAGAGCAAUGCUUUCGUUACCUAACUACUUACCAAAAUCUGUAAAUACAAUAAUAACCUUAGCUACUCCGCAUGCUGCUGCUCCAUUAACCUUCGACGGUGACCUUUUGAAAAUAUACUCAGCUGUUGAUAGAUUUUGGUAUGAGGGGUACAAACAAGGGAAUAACAACAGCGAUGUCAGCGAAUUUACUAAGUUGGCUAGAGAUACUCUUUCGGACGUGUCCUUGAUUUCGAUUACAGGAGGAUUACUUGACAACACAUUACCAGCAGAUUAUACCACUUUAGGGUACCUUGUCCCCCCAGAUCAUGGAUUCACUGUGUAUACCACAGGGAUUCCCAACGUUUGGACUCCAAUAGAUCACCUUGCUAUCGUAUGGUGUGAUCAAUUGAGAAAAGUGGUACUGAGAAGCUUAUUAGCCAUUGCUGAUAAGAAUUCAGUCUUUCAGACAUUGUCACUUAGCAAAAGAAUGAAAAUGUUCAGGAAGUACUAUCUUUCUGGCUUUGAAGAUUAUUCCACUCAGGAUUCGCUUGCUUUUCAACUGGACACGAAAGUGAUUGAUCUAAAACUAGAUUCCAAGAAGAUGAGAUCGGUAAAAAUUGGCGAUAAGGUGCUAAGAUUCAAACCAGGAAGCCCCCAAGCUAAUGAUAUUGAUGAUAAAUCCAUUAUGAACGUAUUAUAUUUACCAGUGGAUGAAGGUAUUAGGACUAAGUUUUCUUUAUUAUCAUCCCUUCCCAUAGUUGAUUGGCAAACGUAUCAAGAGGAUCCAGAAAAUAUAUCACCAUCAAUCUUAUUGUGCUCCAACUUAAACAGGAAUAUCAUUGAGAAACAAGAGUUGGAAGGAAACAUUUACGAUUUUACGACUCAAGCAACAAGUGAGUACGUUGCACUUCGCUGUAUAGAUAUCAAGGACGAAGCUAACAUAGUGCCCAGGUCUUCAAAAUCUUCCAAGUCAUUGAGUGAAUCAAGUAUAGGAGGAGAAUAUAAGCCAUUCAAUGGCGUUCAAUUGAAUCUGACCAUACUUAAAGAUUAUGAUGUCAUAAUAGUGGCAGAGUCUACGACAAAAUCUGACUCUAUGACUGACCAGUUCGUUGUUGCUGAACUUUCGGAAUUGUCCUCAACAGAAUAUGAUUUAGGAAAAGAUAUGCUAACAUUAAUGAGAAGAGGUGCUGAUCUUUCUUUGCCUUCCAAGAGGCCCUUGUCUACAAACAUAAAUAUUCCCGGGGCAUGGAGUAGUCUUUUAGCUUACAAAGUCAAGCUUGUUUAUUCAAACGCUGAGAUGGCUAGUACAGACAAAACAAAGGAGAAAAAAUUACAGGACAGCUCAAAUGCCCAUAAAGGCGCAUUUGCGCCAUUCAUCAGGCAAUGGACAUCUGAACCAUAUGAAACCAAAUGGCAUAUAAACGUUGAAGAAAACAGUAACAUUCUAUUAUCAAUGCAUGGAAUUGCACCAUUCACACCUUUUAGGAUCAAGCCAGAUGCUAACUAUGGUGUGAAUAUCGAAAUUUGGAGUGACUCCUCGAGAGAUGAAUCAACACUUGAUAUAAUAUUGUCAAUAGAUUAUUUUAAUAGUUUGAGAUUAUUGAUCUUGAGAUAUAGAUUGGCGUUGGUUUGCUAUUGCGUUCUGAUUGUUUUGUUAGCAUUCUUAUUCCAAUUUAAUUAUUUCAUUAAUUCGAACAACUUUCCAAAUAUUGUUUAUGGACUCAGCAAGAUUUGUUUGCCAAAGAACUUGGGGAUUAUCUUGUUCACAUUAUCUGUGGCCUCACCGAUCGUAAACAUCACAUUUGUACAGAAGAUACUUAAUUUAAUUGAUCCCGUGGUGUUGCAAGAUUCAAAUGAAAUCAAUUUGAGCCUACAGAAAGAUUUUAAGUUAAAUUCAUUUUUUUUGGGAUUAGAAGAGCCUUACCUUUGGCUAGUAGGACCAAUAUUUUUUAUAAUUGGCGUGUCAAUUGUCCUAGCUACUUACUAUGCCUUAAUGGUCAUUGGUAUAAUAGUAUCAACUGUUGUCAAAUUUGUGCAAUUCAAGAAGAGCGUACUUGUACGCAGCAGGAAUAAAGAGGAGGAAGAAGAUGUAGAACGUGAGAAAGGAGGAGGCAAGACUAAUAGUAGCGCAUCUUCAUCAAAUACAUCAACACCACUGCCAAUUUCCAGAAGUGGACUGAUAUCUCCUGCCAAAACCUAUACUGCUCCAAACUUAGCAUCAGCGUCAACACCAACAUUAGCAUCAACAUCAACAAUAGCAGCAUCUACGCCAUCAUGGUUGACUUCAUUGAAUGGUAUAUUUUCUGGUAAGAAGAAUUCUACAUUAUCUAUUCGAAGAUUAACGGCAAAUAUUGUCAUUUUAGGAACUAUUCCAUUCUUUUUGCCAUACCAGUUUGCGUAUAUGAUUUGCACCACCAUUCAAAUUAUCACUACUAUUAAAAUAUUGUGCUCCAAUAACAUCAAUAAAAACGCAUUUAACUAUCACUUAACCAUACUUGUCCUUAUGCUUUGGGUUUUACCAAUCAAUGUACCGGUGUUAAUUGUGUUUAUCCAUAAUUUCACUGUAAACUGGAAGACUCCAUUUUCAUCGCAUCACAAUGUAUUAGCUAUAUUGCCUAUGCUUUUAUUAAUGGAACGCCAUGCUUCAGGAUACUACUUACCCAAGUUACCAGCUGCUGGCCAUCAUCACAGUCAUUCUCGUAAUUUGAAUACUGUUGCGACCAACAUCAGCAAAUACAUCACUAGGUCAAUUAUUGGGUACUUUAUCUUCUAUUGUAUCAUAUAUGGGAUUCGCCACACAUUUUGGCUUCAUCAUUUGCUAAAUAUCUUUUUUUGCUGGUUAUUAAUAUUUUAUUUUAUAAACUGA